AUGAGUGAGGAAGGUGGCGCCUCAGUCUUGACGCGGGCUUCACCACACCCACACUGCCUGCACACCCCAAGAUGCGGCGAGUGUUGGUGCUGGUGUGGGUUUACACCUCGGCCGCUCAGUCACCCUUCUCACUGUUGUCAGACCUACUGGAAAACCCUUCGGUUUGACCAAGAAUUUUUAGCUCUUCUAAGAAAUUAUAAUCCAACGGAGAGAGAUGAAGACAAUAAAGAGGAGCCUUCCUCUGCAGCUAACUUCUGGUCCGGCCACCAGGGUGAGAACCCAGCAGACAACCAGGGUGAGGGCCCAGCAGUCAACCGGGGUGAGGGCCCAGCAGACAACCAGGGUGAGGGCCCAGCAGACAACCAGGGUGAGGGCCCACCAGACAACCAGGGUGAGGGCCCAGCAGACAACCGGGAUGAGGGCCCAGCAGACAACCAGGGUGAGGGCCCAGCAGACAACCAGGGUGAGGGCCCAGCAGACAACCAGGGUGAGGGCCUAGCAGACAACCAGGGUGAGGGCCCAGCAGACAACCGAGGUGAGGGCCCAGCAGACAACCGGGGUGAGGGCCCAGCAGACAACCAGGGUGAGGGCCCAGCAGACAACCAGAGUGAGGUCCUAGCACACUGUGGGAACCGACCUGGCCCAGCAGACAACCGGGGUGAGGGCCCAGCAGACAACCAGGGUGAGGACCCAGCAGACAGCCAAGGUGAGGGCCUUGCAAACAACCAGGGUGAGGGCCCAGCAGACAACCAGGGUGAGGGCCUAGCAGACAACCGGGGUGAAGGCCCAGCAGACAACCGGGGUGAGGGCCCAGCAGACAACCGGGGUGAGGGACCAGCAGACAACCAGGGUGAGGGCCCAGCAGACAACCAGGGUGAGGGCCCAGCAGACAACCAAGGUGAGGGCCUUGCAAACAACCAGGGUGAGGGCCUAGCAGACAACCGGGGUGAGGGCCCAGCAGACAACCGGGGUGAGGGCCCAGCAGACAACCGGGGUGAGGGCCCAGCAGACAACCGGGGUGAGGGCCCAGCAGACAACCGGGGUGAGGGCCCAGCAGACAGUGUCUGGCGCCUGAAGUGUGCUGCUCGAUCUUCCUCCACAACGAACUCAGCCAAGGAGCACGCAUUGCUUCACGACCGUCUGCUGAACUUGCGAGGUGGCUUUGCAGAAUCACUUCGGGGCCUGAUGGCUCCUGCAACUAAGAGCGUGAGUCUAACAACUCUUGCAAGAGUAGCUGAAGCUCCGCGAAUAAUAUCAGUUGGAGAGGUGGGAGAAUUGCCCCAUCAAGCACUCCAGCAGCCAUUGUUAGCCGCUCUCAAACAGGGCAGCCAAAGUCUUCACGUCAGCACUUGGGUGAUACCUGGUUGA